AUGGCCGUUGAUGGUAGUUUCAGUCUUCAUUCUUCGCUUCGGAGAUUACUUGAUCGUUGUCCAAAGCUACAGUGUUUUCCGCAGUUUGAGUCGCUCGCACGGAGGGGAGACUUGGUGACAGAAGAGGAAGUAGUUAAUGUGUUAGUAGGGGUAUUUCUGCACCCGAGUUAUACAAUUCCGUUGAUGGGUUGUUUUCGACCAAUUGCUCAAAGUAUUGUAGAUAAAGCUGUUGCUUUGCUUGGUCUUGUGCCAAAUUUGAGGUCUAUUCCCGAGGGUACUGCUUGUGAAGAUGAUCCCGACAGAGUUUUGGAUGGAGUGGUUGAGACCCAAGAACUGCAUAUUACACGAAUAUCAUACCGUUUCCUUCUAAUGGAACCUGAAAUUUUCACAAAGCUUUGGGAUUGGUCUUGUUUUAUUGACCUCGUAAAAGAUCCAUGCAAAUCAGAUCUUACCUGGUGCGGGGUGCAGAUAUUGAGCGUUCUGCUCAAAUUAGGUUAUAAAGCCACUGAAAACUUAAAUCUUGGGGCUGAGGAAGCAUUUUCUUGUGUAUUGCGCUGGGAAGAGUUCUGUCAGGACACAUCACUAGAGAAAGCUGGUUGGUAUGUUGAGCCAACAGACUAUGUGUCCAGUUCUCCAGAUAGGACCAUGGAUUUAGAUAAUGAGAACUGUUUAAAAUCCUCUGGCUUUAUUCAUCUGCCUGUUAGUUCACCAAAGUUUCAUGAGUUGCAGCCACAUUUAAAGAGGCAACGGCUUUCCACUAGGGAUGAUGUAUCAGUAAGUAAUACAUUUGUAUUGACCUCAAUGGUGAAGAAAAGUUAUGAUAGAGUUCUUUUGGCAAUCAGCCAGAAGUGGCCUGUUCUUCUGUAUGGGCCCUCUGGUUCUGGAAAAUCUGCUCUCAUUUCCAAGCUGGCUCAGGAUAGUGGAAAUCAAGUUUUAUCCAUUCAGAUGGAUGACCAAAUUGAUGGUAGAACAUUGGUUGGAGCUUAUGUCUGUACAGAUAGGCCUGGGGAGUUUAGAUGGCAGCCUGGUUCACUUACCCAGGCUGUGCAGAACGGGUUGUGGAUUGUUUUUGAGGAUAUCAACAAAGCACCAUCUGAUUUACACUCCAUAUUAGUGCCUUUAUUAGAAGGGGCUGGUUCAUUUGCAACAGGACACGGGGAGGUAGUUAGGGUGGCUGAAUCUUUUAGAAUGUUUUCAACUAUUUCCGCUUCUAAGUUUGACACAUCUGAGAGUGCAGGUCAAAAUUCAUUAAGUGUCUUUUGGAGAAGAGUGAUGAUUCCGCCCCUUGAUAAUAAAGACCUGAAAGAGAUACUCAAAGUGAGGUAUCCAGAUUUGGAGCUUCAUGUUGGCCAACUCAUAGAAACCUUUGGAAGGGUUAACUCUAUUUCCAUGCAUCAAUUUGCGGGCUUUCACCAGGGAAGUUCUACUUCUGUUUACCGUACUUGCAGGUUCUCAUUGAGAGAUUUGCUUAAAUGGUGCAAAAGGAUUGCAAGUUUGGGAUUUUGCCUUGAUGGUAGCUUAACAGAAAACCAAUGUUUUAGUGUGUAUAAGGAGGCUGUUGACAUAUUUGCAUCAUUUUCAUCUUCAAUUAAAAACCGCUUGUCGGUAAUGAAAGAGAUAGCAGAGUUGUGGAAGUUGCCUGUCUCUGCCGCUGAGACCUUGUAUCCCUUUGACAAACCUAUAAUUCAGGAUUCUAUCAGAUAUUUAAGAAUAGGCCGAGUUUCCCUGCAGUACACAGAAAAACCGUUACAUCAACAUAAAAGACCUUUUGUUGAGAUCCGUAGUUCUCUGCAUGUAUUGGAGCGAAUAGCUUGCUCUGUCAAGUAUAAUGAGCCUGUACUCUUGGUUGGAGAAACUGGUACUGGGAAGACUACCAUUGUUCAAAAUUUGGCAUCAAGGCUUGGUCAAAAGCUUACUGUUUUUAAUCUGAGUCAACAAAGUGACGUUGCUGACUUACUAGGGGGUUUUAAGCCUAUGGAUGCUCAGUCUGUGUAUUUGUCCCUUUAUACAGAGUUCAAAGAACUUUUUACGAAGACAUUUUCUGUAAAGAAUAAUGCAGAAUUUAUUACAUAUCUACAUGAGUAUUUAGAAAGUCAUCGAAAGAAGUUUUUAGUUGAUAAGAAUGGGGAAGAUCUGUUGAAAGGAUUGCAAAUAGCAGUUGGAAAGUCAGUUAAGCUUAUACAACCUGGAUCUUCCAGAAAGCGUAGAAGGCCAUUAGAAGAAAAAAUAAUCCAAUCUUGGGAGAGAUUUUGUAUAAAACUGCAUAAUGUCUGUCAAAAAAAUCCUUCUUCAACAAUGAUGUUUUCUUUUGUAGAAGGAAGUUUUGUGACUGCUCUUAGAAAGGGUGAGUGGAUUUUGCUUGAUGAGGUGAAUUUGGCUCCUCCAGAAACCUUGCAAAGAAUUGUUGGUGUUCUAGAAGGAGAACAUGGUGUGCUGUGUUUAGCUGAAAGAGGUGAUACGGAUUAUAUACAUCGCCAUCCAAAUUUCCGAAUAUUUGCUUGCAUGAAUCCAGCAACAGAUGCAGGGAAGCGUGAUUUGCCCUUCUCUUUAAGGAGUAGAUUUACUGAGUAUUUUGUCGAUGAUGUUUUGAAUGAUGAGGAUUUAAGACUAUUUAUUAGUCAGUUCAUUAGUAGUGGCUAUAUGGAUCAACAGUUGGUUAAUAAAAUUGUGUGUUUCUAUAAAGAAGCAAAAAAGGAAUCUGAAGAGAGGUUGCAGGAUAGUGCUAAUCAGAAACCUCAAUACAGUUUAAGGUCCCUUUAUCGUGCUCUAGAAUAUACACGGAAGGCAGAAAGAAAAUUUGGAUUGCCAAAGGCAUUAUAUGAUGGAUUUAGUAUGUUUUUUGUUUCGUUGUUGGAUGCACCCAGUGCUGAAAUUAUGAGGCAGAAGAUAUCGUCUCUUCUGUUAGGAGGGCAUAUGCCUCCACAUGUACAUUUUACCCACUACUUGGAUACAUCCAAAUCUGAUGGAUAUUCAGGGAAUUAUGUUCAAACUAAAACUGUACAAGAGCAUCUAGGGAAUUUGGCACGUGCUGUUCUAAUGAGAUAUCCCAUCCUCUUACAGGGACCCACUUCCAGUGGGAAAACUAGCCUUGUUCAGUUUCUUGCUGCAAUAACUGGUCAUGAUUUUGUAAGAAUCAACAAUCAUGAACACACUGAUUUGCAAGAAUAUCUUGGUUCUUAUAUAACUGAUAUUAGUGGAAAGCUUGUUUUUAAUGAAGGUGUUUUGGUUAAAGCUGUAAGAAAUGGUCACUGGAUUGUAUUGGAUGAGCUUAAUUUGGCUCCAUCUGAUGUGCUGGAGGCAUUGAACCGAUUACUUGAUGAUAACAGAGAGCUUUUUGUGCCUGAGCUUCAAGAAAGAAUUCAAGCACAUCCAAACUUUAUGCUUUUUGCCACUCAAAAUCCACCUACACUUUAUGGUGGCCGCAAAAUGUUGUCCCGGGCAUUUCGUAAUCGUUUUGUCGAGAUUCAUGUCGGUGAAAUUCCAGAUCACGAGCUCAGCAAAAUACUGGCAGAUAGAUGUAAAAUCUAUGUAGGUCAUGCAGAAAAAAUGGUUGAAGUGAUGAAGGAUCUUCGGUUGCACAGGCAGAGUAGCAGAGUCUUUGCUGGCAAACAUGGAUUUAUAACACCUCGAGACUUGUUUCGUUGGGCUGAUCGAUUUCAGAAAUUUGGGAACACUUAUGAAGAUUUGGCCAAAGAUGGUUAUUAUCUUUUGGCAGAACGGCUGCGGGAUGAGGAUGAAAAGUCUGUUGUUCAAGAAAUUCUGGAGAAGCACUUUCGGGUUAAACUAAACAUAAAAGAAUUGUAUGAACAGAUGUUAUGUAGAAGCAACUCUUCUUCCAAUUUGUUUGUUGGUUCUGGAGGUUCAGAUAGUCUGGAAAGUGUGCUCUUGACCAAAGGUAUGCAGAGAUUGUACUUUCUUGUGGAACGCUGCUAUAAUUUACGAGAGCCUGUACUGCUUGUUGGGGAAACAGGUGGAGGGAAGACUACUGUGUGCCAGUUAUUAAGUGCUUGUUUGCAGUUAAAAUUACAUACAUUGAAUUGCCAUCAAUAUACAGAAACAUCUGAUUUUAUUGGGGGUUUCCGUCCUAUACGAGAGAGAUCUACGCUGAUUUCUAGGUAUAAAGAGAUCAUUGAAAAGUUGAAGAAACUAAAGACUUGUACAUACUUUCCUUCAGACCUUUCUUCUGACAUCAAUGCUGCUUCUUCAACUCUUGAUAUGCUAAAUGGUAUGAUAAGAAAAUGUAAAGAAGGUCAUGUUUGUAGUUUGGAAGUGAGCAGAAAAGAUCUUAAUGCUCUUGAGCAAAUUAAGUUGGAUCUCAAUGGCUUGCAUCAAAAGUGGCAGAGCAUAUUUGUGUGGCAGGAUGGUCCUCUUAUAGAAGCAAUGAGAGACGGUGAUCUUUUUCUUGUGGAUGAAAUAUCAUUGGCUGAUGAUAGUGUACUCGAGAGAUUGAAUAGUGUGUUGGAGCCAGAAAGGAUGCUAUCUUUAGCUGAGAAAGGAGGGACUGAUCUGGAGAAAAUUACUGCACAUUCAAAUUUUUUUGUUCUUGCAACAAUGAAUCCUGGUGGUGAUUAUGGUAAGAAGGAGUUAUCUCCGGCACUACGCAAUCGGUUUACAGAGAUAUGGGUUCCUCCUGUUAAUGACCUAGAUGAGCUUCAAGGCAUUGCUCUGAAAAGAAUUUCCAAAUUUAAAGUUGAAGGCAACUCAUGCCCUGCAUAUCAAGAAACACUCUCACUUAUUGUCAAUGCAAUGAUAUGUUUUUUUGAGUGGUUCAAUAACUUGCAUCCAGGGAGAAUGCUUACAGUGAGAGAUCUCAUUUCUUGGGUUGACUUUUUUAUUGCAAUGGAAAAAAGCUUAGGACCCGAGCAUGCACUUCUUCAUGGAGUAUUUCUUGUUUUGCUUGAUGGGUUAAGUCUAGGGACAGGACUUUCCAAAACGGAUGCUGCAGAGCUAAGGGAGAGAUGUCUUUCCUUUCUUCUACAAAAGCUAAGACUCCAAAUGGAGGUUGAUGAAAGUAAUUUAUUAUAUUCAAGGCUUUCAAGAAUGGGAAACUACAGUUGGGCUGAAUUUGGCUGCACAAUGAAUGUGGCACACAGUAAUAAUACACAACAUGGUGAUUUAUUUGGCAUUGAUCCAUUCUAUAUCAAUAAAGGUAUUGGCGCUGUUGAGGAUGGUGGGUUUGAAUUCAUGGCACCUACUACUUGCAGGAAUGCCUUGAGAGUUUUGCGUGCUAUGCAACUUCCAAAGCCUGUUUUACUGGAAGGUAGCCCAGGUGUUGGGAAAACUAGUUUAAUCAUUGCCUUGGGAAAAUGUUCUGGGCACAGAGUGGUACGAGUAAACUUUUCUGAGCAGACUGAUAUGAUGGAUCUUUUAGGGUCUGAUUUACCGGUUGAAAGUGAUGAGGGAAUGAAGUUCUCUUGGUCUGAUGGGAUACUAUUGCAGGUUGAUUGUCUUGCAUUGAAGGAAGGCUGUUGGAUUUUGCUGGACGAGCUUAAUCUUGCUCCACAAUCUGUUUUAGAAGGUUUGAAUGCUAUUCUGGACCACAGAGCUGAGGUGUUUAUACCAGAAUUGGGAAAUACUUUUAAAUGUCCACCAUCAUUUAGAGUUUUUGCUUGUCAGAAUCCAUCACAUCAAGGUGGUGGCCGAAAAGGCCUUCCAAAGUCAUUCCUAAAUCGAUUUACCAAGGUGUAUGUUGACGAGUUAGUUGAGGAAGAUUAUCUAUCCAUCUGUGAAUCAAAAUUUGCGACUAUCCCUCGACCUUUACUCUCAAAGUUAAUCUUAUUCAAUAAAAGGAUGCAUGAAGACACCACAGUAAAUCAAAAGUUUGCCAAGGAUGGGUUUCCGUGGGAGUUCAAUCUUCGUGAUGUAUUCCGGUCUUGUGAGAUAAUUAAAGGUGCACCGAAACACUCUGAAUUGUAUUCCUUCUUGAACAUUGUUUACAUUCAGAGAAUGCGUACUGUAGCUGAUCGCAAGGAAGUCAUAAAAGUUUUCAAGGAGGUAUUUGAGCUCCUGAUGCUGCCUGAAAUUCGUCAAAGUUUAGAAGCUGCUGCCCAAUGUGUAGAGCAUCAAUGGUUAUGUAUCUUGACUGGGCCAUCAUGCUCUGGGAAAACUUCAAUGAUAAGAUUACUAGCUAACCUAACAGGCAAUGUGCUAAAUGAAAUAAAUCUUUCAGCUGCAACAGAUAUAUCUGAACUAUUGGGAUCUUUUGAACAGUAUGAUGGCUUGCGUAAUUUUUUCAAUGUUGUUGCUCAAAUUGAGCGCUAUGUUAAUGAGUACAUCUGUUUGCAACUAGAGGCUUCAAAUGAUGCAAUUUUAAGGGAAACAGAUUUCUAUAACAGAUGGAUUGCUUUCCUCUCUGCCUUUAAAUUUGACAGCUUGCCUUCUUCUGCUACAAAUUAUCUUGAAAACCAGAAUAAAAUAGAACUUGAUUUGGCCAUGAAGACAGUUUUAAAGAUGAAAGCAGAUGAUCAAAAAAGGGCUGUUUCAACCAAAUUUGAAUGGGUUACAGGAUUGUUGAUUAAGGCUAUUGAGCAAGGAGAAUGGAUUGUCUUGGAAAAUGCAAAUCUGUGUAACCCCACGGUUCUUGAUAGGAUUAAUUCAUUGGUGGAACCUUGUGGAUCAAUUACAGUGAAUGAGCGUGGAGCUGUUGAUGGAAAACCAUUGGUUAUUCAUCCACACCCAAAUUUCCGCAUGUUCCUCACAGUUAAUCCCCAGUAUGGGGAAGUUUCUCGAGCAAUGCGUAAUAGGGGAGUUGAAAUAUUUAUGCUGCAGCCAUAUUGGGCAUUAGAUGACAAAAGUGGUUAUAAUGGUGAGGAUAUUGAACUCAAAGAUGCCAGGAGGUUUCUUGUUUUAUCUGGUAUUCCAAGUGCUGAAUUGGUUGAUUCAAUGGCUAGAGCCCACAUUUAUGCUAAAAAGGAAGGUUUGAAGCUUAACGAUCACAUUACAUAUCUUGAACUCUCGCAUUGGGUUCAUCUGUUUCUGCAGCUUCUCAGGAAUGGUUGUCGUCCUAUUUGGAGUCUACAAAUAAGUUGGGAGCAUAUAUACCUCUCCUCGUUGGGUGUUGAGGGAGAGAAAAUAAUUGAUUUUGCCAAAACUGAAUUUUUAUCGGUAACAAAUUUGUCUGGGUAUGAUGUGUUGACAGCAUGUCCUUUGAGUUUACCUGGAGGAUGGCCAUUGCCACUCAGCUUGAGGGAAUAUAUAUAUUACUCAAAAGAAGCUUCUAUCAAACAGAACUGCAUGUAUCUGGAAUCACUGGGAACUCAGAUUGCAUCUCAUCAAUAUAAAGUUGCUCGUAAGAGGCACUCAACAGCUUCUUUGCAAACUUGCAGUGAUCAUGUGAGGGCAUAUAUGAUGGACUUGAUGACUUUACGUGAACUUAUGUUUCCCAAGGCUUCAAAUGUUAGGAUUUCUGACUUUGAAAGGGAGUGCAAAUUUGAUUUUGAAUUGGCAAAUAAGAUGCUAUUGUUUGCAGCCAAUUGGACAAUUGAACAAGCUACAGAAAGUGAUUUUAAGUUAUAUCUUCUCAGGUUUAAGUGGUUCAGUUCACAACUGCAGCCCUUUUGCCAGUUCUUUAACAACUUUGCCAUUCUGAUAGAACAGAUGAUGAAACAUCCUAUUUGGGAGUAUAUUUCAUGCCGUGACCAACUAGAUGUUGAUUUGCAGUUAAUGCCAUUGUUGUCACUUGAUAUAGUUAAUUUGGCUCCAUCAAAUAUCAAAAUUAAAUAUCUCUCUAAUGCUAUUAGUUGCUUUGAUCCACUAAGGCUAACAUUCCAGCAACGUAUUAUUGAGAGCCAACAUAGUUUUGAUGAAGAAGCCAGUUGCUUCAUUCCACUUUUGAAGUCCCUUCAUGUUUUGCAAGAUGAAAUACUUUACAAAUUUGUCCUUUCAGCUCCUAAGCUAAUUGAGGACCAAUCAUUUGAUUAUAAAAUACAGUUAUACUCUAACCUUAUCGAGAACCAUGCUUUGUUUUGGCGUUACUUCAUUUCUUUGAAGUUUGAUCAGAUGAUAAUAUCAUGGCAUUCUUUGGUGAAAGAUGCUCAAAAGUUUAUAGAUAUCUGUCCAAAAGCAGUUGAUAACUUUAUGAUGGAGAGCAAAAAGUUGAAGAAGUUUUCUUUUUCAGAGAAAUCCUUAUUAUGGAUUCAUGGUGGUCACCCAUUUUUGCCUUCCUCUUCGCGUUUACAUGAUCAACAGCAUCAGCUUUUAAAAUUUGUUGAAACAAUUUGGCCAAGAAAGACAGGAUUCAGAUACCAAGAAUAUUCAGGUAUUUUGAGCAGUCAUCUGAUUGAUGUUGUUGCAUCAUUUGAUCAUGAUCUUCGCUUCCUCGUGAUGCAAGAUGUCUCAAACUCAUCAUUUUUAAUGGUGAACUGGAGUCAUGAGGAUGGUAUCCAUACUGUUCAGAAGUUGGAGGAGACGCAUCAGGUGCUGCUAAGAAGAUUUGAACAUGAAAAACACAAGUUGCAAUUGAAUACAGGAUCCAAAGACGCUUCAGCUUUUGCUGAAAAUUCAGCUGCUUGCUGUUCAUUUGCACCUGAAAUGUUGUGCCAAAAAUCUGCAUUUGAGGCCUGGCAGAAUACGUUUCUUCCUGUUGAUUAUACCAGUUUAUUUUGGGACAUGGAGAUAUUACAGAAACUCACAUCAAUUCAUUUGGAUGAUCUUGAAGGAUUACACCAAGAGAAAAGGUGGGACCGAAUGAUGAAGCAUCCAUGGGGUAGAGAGGAAUCUGUUAUGAUGAAUGGGAAGAGGUUGGGGGAGGGGCAUGCUGUGGGAAGUCUAUCCAACCUUUUGGACUUUUCUUUGAAAUUUUCGUUGAAUUUCUCAUCAAGGCCUCCACAAAUGUUUGUGCCACACCAAAAGAUAUUGUGGACCCUUAAUGCAUGGGCUUCAGUGGAUACAGUAAAUUUGAAACUUGCGAGCUUUAUUCUGGAGAUGUGGUUUAUGUGGCAUGAAUCUAUGUGGAUAUCUUUCCUUAAGCAGAACUUUGCAAAGGUUGAAGGCCUUGAUACAACUGGUCUUCCCCACAUGCUUACUGAGCCUUUCAGUGCAUCAACUGUUUUGCAGAUCACGCAAAGCACACAUGCUAUCAAGGAGUUUUGGGUGCAAUGUCUUAAGUGUAGAGUUACCUUGUUCAAUUUGUGGCAUUGUUCUCAUCAUGGAACACAUCUACCUAAUUUUCUUUUAUAUGCUGCUCGCUCUCUUUUCCAGCAGAUUAUUUAUGCGCAUAGAAAAUCUUUUGAUGCGGAUCAAUUUUCUAGGAUUGAAUCAAGUUUUUCUUCUUUGGAGAAGAAUGCACUUACGGAAGAAAGCAUCUACUUGCUGAGCUCUCUUAUUACUUCAUCAAGACAUCAAAUGUUGAAAACCUCAGUGCAGAAGUUCAUAGUUCCACUGCUUAGAGAGCUGUAUCUUCAGUCUAAUGCUGCUGAUUUCAAUUUUACUAUUGGUUGUGCAUGGGCACACAUUGGAGCGUUACGCAUUCACCUAUUGCUUAGCUGUAAUGAAAUUGAUCCCGCCAUGAAGUAUUAUUGCAAGUACUCUCAGCUCAUGGAAACAAUAUCGACACUUGAACUUGAAAUUCAGGUACGGAAAGAGUGUGGUUAUUUUGCUGGACAGUUUUUGACACGAGAGGCUGACAAAAGAAAAACACAAAGGAUGGAAAAGCUUCAGGCAGAGUGUCGAAAACUGGAAAAAAAGAUUGUGUUUCGUGCUGAGCCAUGGAAAUACAAGAAGUUAAUGAAUGAAUGUGAUGACUUUCUUAAACUCGUUGAUGGUUUGGAAGCUUUGGCGAGAAGGGGUACUGCUGAGGAAUUACAACAGAUUGUUGACCAUGCUUGCAGCUGGCAGGAAACAGCUACUUGCUUUAUUGACCGAUUGAUGGAUGAGUAUGCUGCAUAUAGUGACAUUAUUCAACCAAUUCAAGUUGCUGUGUAUGAGAUGAAAUUUGGAUUGUCAAUGAUUCUGUCUAGUACCCUGGAAAAAAAAUGUUUGAAUACACUUGGGCAGGAAAACAUCAAUGUGGUUAUGGAAAUGUUAUACACACUUAUGCGUUUCCCUCGUGCUGCUUCAUGCAAGUUCAUUUCUGUUAAGCACGACAUUGGGUCAGUCAUGCAUCCUUCAUAUAGUCUAGAACCUGCUACAGGAUUUUGUUUGGUUGAUGUCGAUUUGAUGGAAAGGCUGGUUAGGCUUUCAAGUGGCGUUGCUGCUGAUAAGAUGGUAUCUGUGGUGCAAUGUAGAGCUGCUGUCUAUUGGAAUAUACUUGUUCAAAUUGCACACUGUACUGCUAAUGCAAAAAUAAUUGAUGAUAAGUCUUAUAUGCUCUUGCACAAGAUAUUUGAUGAGUUUGCCAGACUUUGGAUGAGUACGAAAGUUUAUGCAAAAUCAAAGAGUGAUUUUGAUGCCCAACAGUACAAGUUUAAACCUCGUGCUUUUCAAAUUGAGAGUGUUAUUGAAGUUGAAUUACCAACACUUGCAAAUUCAUGUGCACCUGAAACAUUUUUGGAAUGGAAGGAAUUUUCCUCGGAUGAAAAUUCUGCUGACAAAAUGGUAUCCUCUGAGGAAUGUUUCACAUUGGAUGAAGAAUGGAAGCAGCUGGAAGCGUCUAUCCUCAGCCAUGUGGUUCUCAUUCACAAUCAGAUAUUUGGAUCUAGUGAUCUAGUCCAGACUCCUGGAAUUUUUGAAGUUUCUGAUGAUGAUCGGUUGCAUUCCUUUAUUGAGUCAUAUUCAUUGGGCAUGGAUUUAAUCAGAGGUGUCCACUCCACAAAUUUGCCCAGUUUAGAUGCUAAACUCAUGCCAGAACACUUAUUUUAUCUCUGUUUAGACUAUAGAAAGAAGUAUCUUUUAUCUCACAAAUCUGCUACCAGAUACAAUUUUUACAAGGAUUCAAAUGCUCCUGAAUUGGUACAAAUGUUGAAAGUACUUGGACCUCUCCAACAGCAGAUUCUUCCUCAUAUAAAUGAGUGGGAAGUUAAUAAUGAUCUUCAGAAAAUUUUGGAUGUCAUUGACAUGCUUUUGACUCUCCCAUCAGAUACUCCUUUAGCGAAGGCCUUUUCAGGGUUGCAGUUUUUACUGCACAAAGUUCAAGUUAUGCUAGAAAAUGGUUCAAAGUCCCUCCUUUCAAGUCAGCUCAAAUCUGUUUAUGAUCUGUUGUCUUCAUGGCAAAAGAUGGAACUGGAUUCUUGGCCUGCUUUGCUUGAUGAGGUUAUGGAUCAGUUUGAGAAUAAUGCGGUGAAAAAUUUCGAUGAAUCAGGAGAUGUAUUUGGCACAGAAGUUGUAGAUCUUUAUCUUAUUACUGAUUCAUCAAAGCAUGACAUUUCUAGUAUUGAACAGAAAGACCCCUGUGAUGUAGUGGUGCAAAGUUGCCUCGGUCGCCACAUGACUCAGCCGCAUUGUGUCUUGCUGUUUUUGAACUCGUGUCUCGAGGACUUCAUUCACACGUCCAGUAUUGGGGAAUUCAGGAAGCGGCUUCAGCUUCUCUUUGCUUUCCUUGUUCUUACCAAGUACAUUGAUUCUAGUAGGAAAGAGGUUGGUGUUGAACUAAAUAAACUAGUGAAACUAUGUCGGUGGGAGCAUGGCAAGAGUCAUUUAUCAAUUGAAAGCUUGAAAAAGAGUCGGCAGAAGCUUAGAAAGCUUAUACAAAAGUAUACUGAUAUCUUGCAAGAACCAGUGUCUAUUUUCCUUAAUCAAGAAGCUGCUCAAAGAGGAGCAAAAGCACAAUCUUUUCAUGAUCAUAAGCCCAUUUAUGAUGGUCUGAGCAAGGGUUCGGUUGAUGGUUAUUUUGAUUUGGAAUUGUUCAGUGAAAACAGGUUCAUGUGGUUUGACAACUGUGACAAGGGAUUAAACAGUGCUUUGCAGAACUUGUUGCUUAAGAAAACAUCAGUAUUGGAUGUUGUACCUUUACAUCCGAAAGAUAUUCAAAGCUUAUUUAGACCAUGUGGUGAUUCCCAGCGUACACUUUACCUGAAGGGAUGGAAUGCUGUGUGGCAUAUGAUUGAAAAAAUAUAUAUCACAGCAGUUGACUAUGGUAAUCUUUGGAAGGAGGAGAAAAAGGGUCAAGGAAAGAGAAGAGCUUUGUCUGAGCUUCUUAAGCUUUUAGAAAGCAAUGGGUUGUCUCGACACAAGUCAGCAUAUACAGUGGACCAGCAUAAAACUUGGUGGUUCCUUCAGCUUUCUGGGAACAUAUCACAUGUAUUGCUAACAAAUAGUAGAUUACAGUGUGUAACCCCAGGAAUUCCUGAAGAUGAAAAUAAGAAUAAUCAAGAAGAAAGUUUGCUUAUGGAGUGGAAAACUGCCAUUGAUAAUUACUACAAGAGUGUUGUGUCUGUGCUGCUUAUGCAGCAGAUAUGCCUCAAUCCGCACAAAGAUAUAACUCUUGAUCAGGUUGAUAGUUCUAGUUCUUUCCUCAAUCAACUCGUUCAGAUGCAACAGAAGCAACUUACUGCUGCCAGUGCAUUUGACAAGCAAUUGAAAUGCCUUAGAGAAUGUCAAUUGUUUGAUACUCUUUAUGCUACUUCACAAGAAGAAUUGCUUUUACUGAGGAUAUUAGAAAGUAGCCAUUUAAACACUUGCCACAGAGCCAGACCUGUAGAAUCGUUGGAUUGUUACCUAAUUGGGAGGUCCAAAGCUGUCACUGCAGUGACUUCUUCAUCGCAUCUUUGCAUUGUUAAUCAAGAAAUGGAGCAGCUGGUUUAUGAAAAUUUCAAAACAAUAAGGGAUUUUAAGGAUAAUUUUCAUGAACUACAAGAGCAAGAUUUGGAUAGAAGCACGGUUAGAGAAGUUCUGAUUCAGCAUUUUCAAGAAAUAACUGACAAGGCAAAAUUAAUUGAGGAAGAGUUUACAACAGCAAUAAAGGGAAAUUUCAAUCAAGCAGAUUUAUCUGAAGAUACAUUUUGUGAAAGAAACUCUGUGGAGCUUAAUGCCAGGUUCAAUGAAGCCCUUAUGUCUACAUAUCAGCAUCUUGCAUCUGUAUUGCAGAAUUUAUGUUCGCCCAGUAAUAUUCCUGUGGUUGACGAGUCCAUGGUAAAAAUUGUUUCAUGGGAAUCACUAUUUGAUUCAUUUGUUACAAAUCUUAGCUUGGAUACAUUAUGUGAGAAUCUUUUCAAAGCUGUUUCUUUUGGGGAGAAGUUAGUAUCAAUAACAACUCAUGUUAUUGCAAAUAUUUUAGCUUCUUUAUUUUCAAACGGUUUUGGAAUAUCUCCUGAAGACCAGGAGGAAGAUGGGACCCUCAAUACGACUGGGGAUGCAAGUGGUACAGGUAUGGGAGAGGGUGUCGGAUUAAAGGAUGUCAGUGAUCAGAUUGCAGAUGAAGAUCAGCUAUUGGGAACACGGGAACAGCAAAAUGAAAAGCAAGAUGACUCUGAUAAAGUGCCAAGUAGCAACAAUACAGGGAUUGAAAUGGAACAGGAUUUUCAGGCUGAUGCUAUGAGCCUUAGUGAAGACUCUGAAGAUGUUGAUGAUGAGGAUGAGGAUGGGGAGCUUGAGUCUGAAAUGGGACCAACUGGACCAGACAGUGAAGCAGUGGGUGAGAAAGUUUGUGAUAAGAAUGAAGAUGAAACUCCCAAUGAUAAAAGAGAGAAGUAUGAAUCUGGACCUUCGGUUAAGGAUAGAGAUGAAGGCAACAGGGAGUUAAGAGCCAAGGAUGACUCUACAACGAAUGAACCUGGUGAUGGUAAUUGUGAUGAAGGUGAUGCUCAAGAUGAUGAAACGGUACUCCCAGAUGAUAUAGGUGAUGGAGAGAAAGGAGAUGAAGUGACAAUGGACAAAGAAGCAGCAUAUUCAGAUCCUACUGGGUUGAAGCCUGAUGAGUUGGAUCAAACCUCUGACGUGGAUAUGGAUUUAGAUUUAAAUGAAGAUGCAGAUCUCAUGGAAGAUGUAGAACCUGAUGAGCAAGAUAAUAUAUCUGAGAAUGGAAAUGAAGGGAAGCAGGAUGAAGAGACUUGCUCCCCUGAUGAAGCUAUGGAAGAGGCACAUACUGAAGUUGAUACGAACUCCGAAAAAGAUGAUCAAGGUCUGGACCAUAACCAGAAUGCAGACAUGCAUUCAACAGAAACAAACAAAGAUUCAUCUAAAUCUUCCGUAUUGAUUAAUGAGCAAGUUCCCCCUGCUAAAUUAGCAUCACAGUCGAAUGUUGAUUGGCAGACAUCUGGUUCUGAACAUGUUGCAGCAGAGUCAAAUUUGUCUAAUAGCCAUCAUGACUUUGACUCUACCCUGUUGGGAGGUUUGCCUUCUUGUAGUAUAUCUGAGAUGGAUUUUAAGAUGUCUGACUCAUCAAAUAGUGGAGGAUUUGGUGAAAAUCAACCCAAAUCUCAGCAUCCACGGAAUGAACAUUCAUUUAUUCAAGAGAAACAUACUAAUCCUCAUCGAAGUAUAGGUGAUGCACUUGAAUAUCAGAAAGAAAGAAUUAAUGUAUCUGGUGAUCUUCCGGAAGAUAGCAGUGCGAAACAAGAUGAGAUGGAAGACGACAAUGCUGAUGAGUAUGGCUAUGUUUCUGAAUUUGAAAAGGGAACAACUCAGGCUUUGGGGCCUGCAACACUGGAGCAGGUUGAUAGAAACAUUGAUGGUGAUCAGCUUGAUAAAGAAUGUACUGCGGGAGAAGAUUUAAAGUUACAGUUUGAGAAGGAAAAAUCAGAAAUGAAUUCUGUUAGUAUUUCUUCAUCAAUCACCAAAAAUGACAAAAGGGAGCAAGUGAAUCCGUCAGCCAUGGAAACGUCACGAGAUGAUGGAUCAGCGCAUCCUCUUACUAGAAUAGAUAUUGAUCUUGAAAAUCGUUUGGAAGAUUUGGUUUCUAUCAGAAGUUCAUACAUGAGCGAGAGCACUGAUCUAAGCCAGCUCUCUCUGCACGACAAAGACUUGGGUAAAGGCCAAGAUCCUAGUGAUGUACCUGAUCAUGUGAAAGAUAAUGCUACUGCUCUCUGGAGUAGAUUCGAACUUAGCACAACAAAAUUGUCUUUUGAGUUGGCUGAGCAAUUGCGGCUUGUAAUGGAACCCACUUUGGCCAGCAAGCUCCAAGGUGAUUAUAGAACUGGCAAAAGGAUAAAUAUGAAAAAGCUUACCAUCUUUUUCUUAAAAAAAACCCAGGUAAUUCCUUACAUAGCAAGUGAUUAUAGUAAAGAUAGAAUAUGGCUGAGGCGGACCAGACCCAACAAACGUGAUUACCAAGUUGUUAUAGCUGUUGACGAUUCACAUAGUAUGUCAGAGAAUGGCUGUGGUGAUGUUGCUAUUGAAGCUUUGGUUACAGUAUGUCGUGCUGUUUCUCAAUUGGAAAUGGGCAGCUUGGCUGUUGCUAGUUUUGGAACAAAAGGAAACAUAAAGUUAUUGCACGACUUUGAUAGACCCUUCAGUGGAGAGGCUGGUGUUAAGAUGAUAUCCAAUUUGACAUUCGAGCAAGAGAAUACUAUUGCUGAUGAGCCAGUUGUUGACCUAUUGAAGUACCUAACGAACAAACUAGAUACUGCAGUUGUAAAAGCACGACUUCCAUCUGGACAUAACCCACUGCAGCAACUAGUUUUAAUAAUUGCAGACGGUCGGUUUCAUGAAAAGGAGAAUUUAAAGCGGUGUGUUAGAGAUGUAUCAACUGGUAAUCGGAUGGUUGCUUUCUUGCUUCUAGAUAAUUCUCAGGAGUCAAUUAUGGAUCUGAAGGAAGCUUCUUUUGAGGGUGGGAAGAUGAAAUUUUCUAAGUACAUGGAUUCCUUUCCCUUUCCCUACUACAUUGUUCUGAGGAACAUUGAGGCAUUGCCUAGGACUCUUGCUAACCUAUUGAGACAGUGGAUGGAGCUUAUGCAGCAUUCAACUGGUUGA